AUGAAGGUUGACACAGUUCUUGCAAAGUUCAACACUGCACCACCACUCACCAUGAAGGAUGUCCACUUAACUCUGACCAACCAUUCUCUGUUUCAUGCAUGCAUGUGCCAUAACAUCCUUUGCAUCAUUCUCGCAUUUGGUGAACCAGGUUUCUCACGGUUUUGCAACCAGAUCGCAGCCACACUACCGCACAGUUCACGCUGUAUUGGCUUGCAUGUCAUGGAGAUUUUCCCACUGCCAUCCAUGGAGAUUGACGAGAGCUCAAAUACUGGCGACGCAGAGGUUGUCGAUACGAUUUUCAGAGAACUGGAGUAUAAUGGAGACGAUUUGCACAUCAUUUCGACUGGCACUGUGAAGAUUAUCAGCGGUGACCAGCUCUCGAUCUCAUGCCUACAAUCAGUCAUGCACAACUAUGCAGGUCACGACAAUCCAAAACAGUCAUAUUUGGACCCAGUGUUCUCACCUGUUUUUGUCUCUUUGUAUGCGCGGGUGCUGCACUGCUUGGAACUGGUCUCGGGGAAGUCACUGGCGGAGUAUAUUAAGGGCGCCUCUUUUGAUGAGCUCGAAGCUCAUGCUGCACUCAUUUACAAGCGAUAUGCAAGUGGUGCCACUGUUGAUCGCAUGUGCCGAGACCGUCUCAGAGAGCUCCGCAAACAUGGUGACCAGGCUAUGCAGGAGAGCCUGUUCAAGGGCAACAUGGUGGUAGAGAAUGUGAUUCUCUUCCUUCGUAGUUUGCUUAUUUUCCGUGAGUUCUGUGAUGAAAUCAAAGUCGGCAACUCAGGACGGGUACUUCUUGUGCUGAAAAUGUUUGCUCUGAUGUAUCGUGGGACCGGCCGUUCAAAGUACGCCUAUGAGAUGCUGCAUCUCAUCCACAAUCUGACACAUGUCUGGCUGGAAGAGCUGCUAUAUCUAGUUAAUCCUACUGGGCAUCCAAACGGCUUCAUUCCUGUCAACUUACUCCAAAAACACUUGAACCUGUAUAUUAAGACCUUGUACAAAGCCCAUGGAAGCAAUGCUUUAUGGGAAUGGCUCAAAAUCAUCUCACCAUAUGUCAUUCAACUGCAGAAGCUCGCUACACAAAUGCAUGAAGUGUUUGGGUCUGCCCAAGGCAGCAAGCAUGCUCCACCAGAUCUGAUGUAUGAUAUCAGCUGUUUAAUGGAUUCCAUGCGGUGCAUCAUCAAAGAGAACAAGGCAACUGUGGUGGACGUCCUGGCAGUUGGUGCACAGCAGCUUAUUGGCCCUCUUGCAGAUUAUAACAGUCUGUUUGAGUGCUUGCGCCGGCAUCAUCACCUGCGACAAGUUGUUGGAGAUCCUAUCCCUGUGCUCUCAGAUUAUCCAGCAGUUCAGGCUCCUGCAGGUGAUCAGUCUGUCAGCGCAGAUGAAACCUUUGAAAGUGCCCCCAAAAGCACUUCCGUGCAACUCACUACCACUGCGGUUCACAAAACUAAUUCUGUCAAACACGAAAAGGAUGAGCCCGACCAUGUGAGCACCCACUUGGAUAGCUCAUCUGUGACUGGCACAGUGGUCAGUCGCAUUAGCUUGCCAGUGGCUCCAGAUGGCUCAGACAGCUCAGGGGCAUCAGACGAACCUCUGAGUGAUGAUUUCGAUGAUGUCAAGGGUGAAGAACAGCUGCCCUGGGAGCACUUACUUGAUGAGCCCCUUAAGAAGGUUUUCUCCCUUAAUAAUGAAGAAGAUGUUAAUUUAUAUAUGUAUUGA